UUACAUGUCAAUUUUUUGUAUUUUGCUGUUUUUAGAUACAAUAAUACACCACAUUUACGUACAUAUAUCCACACUAGAUUGAAAUUUGAAUAUUGAACCAUGCCGCGGAACGUGCUGAUGGUCUGCGUGGGAAACAUUUGCCGCUCCCCCAUCGCUGAGGCUGUGAUGCGUGACGUGAUUGCCAGGGCGGGGCUGCAGAAGGAUUGGCACGUAGAGAGCGCCGCGAUAGAGGGAUGGCACCACGGCUCCAGGCCGGACGAGCGUGCGCUGAGGGUUCUGGCCAAACACAACAUCGAGUGCACCAGUGUGGCGCGUCAGCUGCAGCCCAAGGAUUUCGUUAGAUUUGACUAUAUCUUGGCCAUGGAUCGGAGCAAUAUGGCAUCCCUGAAACACCUGGCACCGAAAUAUUCCAGGGCCAAGCUGCUGCUUCUUGGGGAUUUCGGCCUCAAACCGGACGAGCGCAGCAUUGAGGAUCCAUACUACCUUAUGGGCACGGCUCCAUUUGAGAAGAUAUACAAACAGUGUACCCUCGCAUGUGAGCAUUUCCUGAAACAAGCCCAAUUAAAUCAAAUAAUGUGAGACCAACGCCAAUAGAAUUCAAUUUUGGCGCACAUUUUCAGCUACAAAAGCUAGUGGUUCAAAUGAACCUGGAAUGACCGAAACGGCUGAACUUGGAAUCGGAACAAAAUUACGAUAUUUUUUAGUUCGUGUUUAAACCCUAUUUUCUAAAAA